AUGGGAUUUGCCGAAAAACUCGGAGCUUGGGUACCACACCACGACAACGCACGGCCUCACAGAGCAAACAUCGUCAAAGCCGCCCUCCAAGAGCUCGAUUGGGAAGUCCUUCAGCACCCACCGUACUCUCCGGACCUUGCGCCAACAGAUUAUCACCUUUUCCGCUCGCUGUCGAACCAAAUGCGAGGUGUUACCUUCGACAACAACGAGGACCUCGAAAAUUGGCUCAACAACUUCUUCGAGUCCAGGCCCGGCGGUUUUUGGCAAAACGGUAUUAACAACCUUGAGACAAAAUCUACUUCAGAUUGGUAUAAUCCUUUGGCAGGACGCAUUCAGUUAUCUCGCUGUACACCGGGAAACUUCUCAUGGUCGUAUGACAAGAACUUGGUUAUAACACGUGAGAUUAUCGAAGAGAGAUUACAAGUUCUUGCUGCAAAGGUCGAAGAAGAACAAGCGGCAGCUCUUUCACGCCUUUCUCUUUUCACAAAUUGUAUGAUGAACAAAGGAUGGCGUCUUAAAGAGUUCCUCAGUUUUAUUGUCAAUUUGGUUAUUAUGAUCAGUAUGAUAGCUAGUAUAAAUGCCAUAUUCUCAAAAGUAUAA